AUGAUUAGACGAAUACUAGUCGACAGGAGGAAUAAUAUAUUGGAGUUAUACAAUCGGUUUGAACCAGAAAAAAAGAAUUUCACUAACAAAGUGAGGGCAAUACUGAAUGAGCUACCAUUUGAAGUGAAGUGCGUAGACUCUGAAAUUGUAAUUGAAAUUUGCAAGAGGUUGGGAAUAAAAUGGAAUGCUACUAAAUGGAAAAUAGAGGCAUUGAAAAAUCAUAAUAAAGUAACUUUAACAUUGCAUAAUAUUUUUAAACUGGACAGUAAAAAGGUAAAAACACCAAAUGACAAAGUAAUGUUAUAUGAAAAUAUUGGGCAGGUGUCUGUUGGUGAUGAUUUUUUUGUCAAGUUCUAG